AUGGCUUCUACUAUGGCAUCGGGCUCAGCGGACGUCAAGAAGGAAAAGCUGUCCUUUGCAAAGAUUGCCGCUGCUGGAAUCAAGCCGCCAACCGCACCCAAGCAUACAAAAACCAAUUCUUCCACGGAUUCACCACACGAAGUAUCUCCCGCGCCACCAGAUGGUGCGACUGCCGCUCCCUCCAAUGGAAUUGCAUUACCUCAGAGUAUGCUCAAGCCGAAGAAACUGAUCCAGCUUGCUUCGCGUGAUCAUAGAGACUUGUCCGUGACUUCUGCUCCUGGACCGCAAGUUCGAAUCCAGAUGGCGGACAGAGAGAGACCUCAAUCUGCCGAAGCGUCGUCUGCACAUGCCGAGGACGAGUCCUCAAGUGAUUCAAACAAGCCUCCAAGCAUGGAUGGCAAAAGCGUCGCUUCGGGCACCACAUUCAAUGCCUUGGAUGAGAAAGAAUCCCUUCGCCCAGACGACAGCGCCAGUGUUAAGGCCGUUGAGGACGAAGAUCUGUACUCGGCGCCUGGCUCUGGCAUGCCAUCACGAAUUGGCUCAGAUGAUGGCGUUCGCGCCUUUCGCGAUCAACUGCGCGAGAUCUCUGCCAUGGAGCCGACAAGACGUGAGGGACCUGUACCUACCUACGGAGCUGUAGCAAAAGGCGUUCUAUACGUUCCACCUCAGGGGCCUGGCAUUGGCUCAAUCCCCGGCAUCGCACGCAACGGUGUCGUGACAAAUCCCACUCUCGAAUGUCCACCAGACCAAAAACUACUUGAGGCACUCGAGAACCCCCGAGACCGUGUUUGGGUGUUGAAAUUGGAACAAGACGUGAUUGACUUUGUCAAAGACGCGAAGGAGUCUUCUCUCACACUUCCGCAAUGCCACUCCUUCUAUCGACUGCUUGCGCAUAAAAUGGCGGAUUACUACAUGCUCGGUCAUCUCAUCGACGACAAUUCUGCAGCUGUUCGGCUCUACAAGACUCCCAAUUGCAGGAUCCCGCCUCCUUUGACCGGAAUCACUGCACCUUCAACAGCGGCUAGUACACCACCCCCGACUGCACCUGCGAUGAAGAUCUUACGGCGCAGCGACAGAGAUGGUCCAGCCAUCGCCAACGGCUCAGGCAUACCCUCUAAGAACGGGUCUGAGAACGGCGAGAGUGGCGACGAGAAGAAGAAGGGACCUCAAACGCGUGAGGAAAGAGAGGCCAGAUACGAAGCUGCUCGGCUACGGAUCAUGGGCUCGGCGAAGCCCACUGAGUCACCUGAAACGCCCAAAGACAAGCAAGAUUCCAGGUCCAGCUCCGCAGCUGGCAAGAAGAGCAAGAAAAAGGCUCGCGCAGACGAUGAUGAUGGCUUCGAAGCACGCUCUGCAUACAGCAACUAUUUCACUGCAUCUUUUGGGUCGGACGGAAUUUCUACACCUGCUUAUGGUUUCACCGGGGCCACCGAGCAGUCGGCAAGCCAGUUUCAAGCAAUCUACGGUCAACAGUCACAGGCUGGCCCGUAUACUCAAAUGCCUGUAUCGACUGCUGGCGCUCAGCAGUGGGGUCAACAGUCCUACCAGAACCUUGAUCCAACACAGGUAUGGGCGCAGGGCCAGGCAGGCGCCUACGAUCUAGCCUCCGACUAUCAACGGAUGUCCUUCCAAAACCAGGUACCAUCACAACAGAGUCAUAACAUGACCUAUGGACAGGGCUUAGGAUCGACCUAUGGUCAGCAGUACUAUUCGCCUCAGCAAAGCUGGCAACAACAGCAGUAUAAUAUGCCUACGCAAGGUACCCAACCCGGCUAUUCGUACGGCGCGAGCUUCAGUACACCCGCCAGCUCGGCAGCGGAGCCUUAUCAGUAUGGCCAGCUUCCCAGCCAAGCGUUCCCAGGUCGACCUGCCAACUCCAACGAGCAUCCACUUCCUGGGAGUUACAAGGGCAAAAACUUCAAUCCCCAAAGUCAGACCUUUGUGCCGGGGCAGACGAACGAUAGGCCCGUCACGCCUCACGGUGCGCCCAGUACUCCCGGAAGUUUCCGCCAGCAGCUCCAAUCACAAUCUCCCGGACAACUUGUUCGUCAUACAUCUGCUCAAUCGCAGGCAUCCUCGUUUGGUUCUCCAAUCCAGCAGCAGCCACAUUCGGCGCCUCACCUUGCGCCAAGUCAGCCCCUCACACACCCGCUGCCACCGGGGCCUGUCUUUCCCAGACAGUCGUCGCCCAAUGUUCCGCUCCCGGCCAAGCCAGGGUCCGGGCAAUCGUUCCCGACGCAAAUGAUAGCGCAAGCACCUACACAUGUUGUGCAGUCGCAGAGUCUGCUCGCUAAGUGGGGCACGCCUUCGUCACUGCCUGCAAAGCCGCCUCCUUCGAGAGAGCCCUACGAUGGUGCGAAGAUUUCGCAGAUCCAGCGGCAACCGUUCAACGCUGCGGCCGCGGCUCGCCAGUCUGGUGGGUUUCCGCCGUACUCAAUGCCGCCGGGACAUCUGGUCAGUGGUGCUGGCCCAUACAAGGGUUAG